UGGUUUUCCAGUGACGGCUUUGACGGCAAGUGUAGUCGCGGGAUAAGUGUAUUUCUCAUACAGCCGACAUAAGACGCUGCACUUUGAUCAUCGGUAAAGGCUCGUGUAUGAUUAUUAGGUACCUGUUUUUUGCUGCGAAGUGGACGCCCCUUGUCAUAACCCUUUGGCUCCUCCUUUUUAUUUUUUUUUAUUUUUUUUUUUUCAGUUUGAACAGAACAACCGAGUACUGCUACAACAGGAGGGAAGGGCACCACAAUGGCUGCCAUCGCUCCCGUUCAACCUCGGAUGCUCAUCAAUGGAAAGCUCGUCGAGGCAUCCGAUGGCAAGACGUUUCCCAUUUACAACCCAGCAACGCUCCAAGUGUCCGCCCAUGUUCCGGAGGCGAGCGCGGAAGACACAAACGCCGCAGUGGCGGCGGCAAAGGCCGCAUUUCCGGCAUGGUCCGCUAUGGGAGGAGCCAAGCGAGCCGUCUACCUGAAGAAACUGGCCGCUCUGCUCCGGGAGAACAAGGAUGAGCUAGCUCGCCUGGACUCAAUUUCGAUGGGCAUCCCCGUCGCAACCCAUCAUUACGCGCUCACCGCCGCCGCCCACUUCGAUCAUUAUUCGGAGGCCUGGGCGACCGUCCAGGGGCAGGCAAGUGUCAACACGCCGGGCCUGGUGACCAUGACGCUCCGGCAGCCCUACGGCGUAGUGGCGCUGAUUAUCCCCUGGAACGCGCCGGUCCACUUUCUCGGUUCCAAAGCCGCACCUGCGCUCAUCACUGGCAACACUGUGGUGCUGAAGUCGAGCGAGAAGGCACCACUCGCCGUCGCCCGCAUCGCCGAGCUUGUCGUCGAGGCAGGAUUCCCACCGGGCGUCUUCAACAUCAUAUCCGGUCACGGCGUGCCGUCGGGGCAGAUCCUCUCCCGCCACAUGGACGUUCGCGCCCUGAGCUUCACUGGCUCCAGCCGCACCGGCAAGCUGAUUCAGGAGGAGGCGGCACGCACCAACCUGAAAAAGGUCAUCCUCGAGCUAGGCGGCAAGUCACCCGCUCUGGUGUUUGAGGACGCCGACCUGGAGAAGGCGGCCGAGCAAACGCAGUUCAGCAUCCAGGUCAACAGCGGACAGGUGUGUAUGGCCAAUUCGCGCAUUUAUGUGCAGAAGACCAUCGCGCCGCGGUUCAUCGAGACGUUCAAGACCAAAUUUGCCGCCGCUAGAGCCGGGAACCCGUUGGACAAGGAGACCAACCACGGCCCGCAGGCGGACGAGAUUCAGUACCGCAACGUGCUGAAGUACAUCGAGGAGGGCAAGAAGAGCGGCGGCACGCUGGCGCUGGGCGGCAACGGUAAGCUCGAGACCACAAACGGCUACUUUAUUGAGCCGACCGUGUUCCUCGACACCCCGGAAACGGCGCGCAUCACCAAGGAGGAGGUGUUUGGCCCAGUCGUCAUCAUCAACACGUUCGAUACCGAGGCCGAGGCCAUUGCCAAGGCCAACGACACCGAGUUUGGCCUGUACGCGGCCGUGUACACGCGCGAUGUCAACCGGGCAAUGCGGGUGGCGAAGGCCUUGGAGAGCGGCUAUGUUGCCAUCAAUUGUACCAGCCCCUUAACUGGGGUUGAUCUGCCUUUUGGUGGAUACAAGAGCAGUGGGCAGGGCAGAGAAGGAUGGCUGCAUAGCAUGGACAACUUCCUAGAGACCAAGAGUAUUAUUAUGCAGAUAGAUGGGGAGUAACUAAGUCCAUUACGUCCUACUUGUCAAUGUCAUAUCCUUGGAGUAUUUCCCGCUACUGUAAGAGAUGAGAUAUACGCCGACAGGUC